AUUUUCUCUUCGCGAUUCCAAGGAGGCAAGCAGACAGGGGUCUUCACCCAUUUCCAGCUUACUUCUAGAGCAAAAUACAGACACAAAAAAGCUUUUGCAUUUGAAGGAUUCGAAUUUUUUUUUUUUUAAUACAAGGAAAAAUCUUUCUCUACUCUUUUCCUUUCUUUGAAGCAACGCAAGAGUAGAAGUAAUGGCAGGGUACAGAGCUGAAGAUGAUUACGAUUACCUUUUCAAGGUGGUGCUGAUAGGCGACUCUGGUGUGGGCAAGUCCAAUCUACUGUCCAGGUUCACUCGGAAUGAAUUCAGUUUGGAAUCUAAGUCCACUAUAGGAGUUGAGUUUGCUACUCGUAGCUUGAACGUUGAUGGCAAGGUCAUCAAGGCCCAGAUUUGGGACACUGCUGGCCAAGAGAGGUACCGAGCCAUAACUAGUGCUUACUACCGAGGAGCAGUGGGUGCACUACUUGUGUAUGAUGUCACCCGAACGUCAACAUUUGAAAAUGUUGAAAGGUGGCUAAGGGAAUUGAGGGACCAUACAGACCCCAACAUUGUGGUGAUGCUCAUUGGUAAUAAAUCAGAUCUUCGCCACCUUGUGGCCGUCUCAACUGAGGAUGGGAAAUCCUUUGCAGAGAGAGAGUCACUCUACUUCAUGGAAACUUCUGCUCUGGAAGCUACUAAUGUGGAGAAUGCAUUUGCUGAAGUUCUUACUCAGAUCUACCGUAUUGUAAGCAAGAAGGCUAUGGAGGCUGGUGAUGAAGGUGCUACAUCAGCUGUUCCAUCGAAGGGAGAGAAAAUUGAUGUCGGUAAAGAUGUUUCUGCUAUGAAGAGAGUAGGGUGCUGCUCAAGCUAGGAGUUUGAAUUCACUUGUUACAGAGGAUGGAGCUGGUUUCUUUUUGCUUCAUGUGUAAAAUUUUCUCGAAGAUGCAAACAAUAGGAGAGCUGGGGGUUGAUUUUUAUUUUCAGUUUUGGAGCAAAACUUUGACUGUUAUUUCUAGCUGACAAGAGAGCUUAAAUAGGGACAAAAUAUUACACUACUGUCUUUAAAAUGGUUCUGAGUGAAGUCCAAACCUGCAUUAGUCUAUCUGUUUAGUUGUAUUCAUUAUGGAAUCACAUUGUCUGCACUAAUUCGUAGGCAAUUGAAUUAAAUUACCCUGUUGGUUUCUGAAUA